UCCCCGUUCUGCCCUCGGGCAGCCCCUGCAGCCCCUUCCCCAGCCCCACGGACGGAGGGACACGCCGGAGGAUGGCGCUGCCCCAUGGAAGGUGAAGGAGCAGCCAGGCUGGUGGGGACCCCCUCGAAUAAAGGGGAUACCCUGGAGCUCCCCAAAAAGGGUCAAAAGGCAGCAGCAGGCACAGAGGAGCUGCCUGGGACCAGGGACAUGGAUGCCAGCGGUGCCCAGCCAGGGCAUCUGCAGCCAGCCUGGGACUGUGGGCAUGGUGGAGCAGGUGCUGUCCCAAAGCCCUCAGCUGCUUCCAUGGACAGGCAGAGGAGCACAGAGCUCUCAGCCCUUGACAGUUUCCCCCUGAAGCACUCAAACACUCUGACCAACAGGCAGAGAGGCAACGAGGUCUCAGCCCUCCCUGCCACACUGGACACACUGUCCAUCCACCAGCUUGCUGCCCAAGGAGAGCUCAGCCAGCUGAAAGAGCACCUGAGGAAAGGAGAGAACUUGGUCAACAAACCAGAUGAGAGAGGUUUCACCCCACUGAUCUGGGCUGCAGCCUUCGGCGAGAUCGAAACGGUCCGUCACCUGCUGCAGUGGGGUGCAGACCCCCAUGUGCUGGCCAAGGAGAGGGAGAGUGCCCUGGCCCUGGCCAGUAUGGGCGGCUACACCGACAUCGUCACCCUGCUGCUGGAGAGGAACGUGGACAUCAACAGCUAUGACUGGAACGGAGGCACCCCCCUGCUCUACGCCGUGCGUGGGAACCACGUCAAGUGUGUGGAAGCCCUUCUAGCUCGUGGAGCCGACCUGACAACAGAGGCAGAUUCUGGUUACACCCCCAUGGAUCUGGCUGUUGCUUUGGGACACAAGAAAGUCCAACAGGUUAUUGAAAAUCACAUCCUCAAGCUGUUUCAGAGGAAGGAGCUGGAGUGAUGCUGCACUGCUGCAGCACUGAGGCACUGCUCUCUUCUGGGACCACCACAGCCUCACCCAGCCAGCCCAAAAUGGGCAGUGGGCUGAUGCCCUGGGCAAGGGGCAUGUGAAGGGUGCCAGGACCCCCCUGCCCUUGCUGGAUCUCUGCCUCUCCUGGAGUGGGGGCACAGCCACAGUGCCUCACACCUGGGGACAUGCAUUCCUCAGCUGCAUUUCUGCCCUCUCAGGCUGGGCUGCUCCAUGUCUGUGUGCACUCAGGUAUUGCAUUGAUGGAAGUAAAUGCUAGAGCAGC